AUGUUCGAGGAUCCGGUCAGCACUCCAUGUGGACACAACUUCUGCAGGACCUGCCUCACACAAUACUGGGACAUGUGCCCUCCUUGCAAAUGUCCGUUGUGUAAAGAGAAAUUCCAGACGAGACCCGAACUGAAGGUCAAUACGACGUUGAGAGACGUUGUGGAACACUACAAGAGGAAAAGUCAAGCUGCAAAACACAAGUCUCACAACGUCACGCCUGUAGAGGAGAGAGGCCAAGAGAACCAGACUGGGCUACAGAGGACCAAGUCAAAGAAGCAGCAGAUGAUCCAGGACAGACUGAAGAAGAUCCAGGAGAUCAGAGACUCAGCAGAGCUCAGCAAAAAAAGCACAGAGACAGAGGUAUCCGAGAGCAUUGACGUUUUCAGCGAUCUGAUUGGCUCCGUUGAGAAGAGUCAGGCCGAGCUCCUGGAGGUGAUGUUGGAGAAGCAGAAAGCCGUAGAGAAUCAGGCUGAGCGACUCGUCAAAGAUCUGCAGAGGGAAAUCGAUGAACUGAAGAGGGUAGGACCAGACCUGGAGCAGGUUCUAAACACAGAGGAACAGACUCGCCCAUCUGUCCGCAGACGUCCAACCACCCAAAACCGGACUAGCAUCGGCGCUGAUGAUGAUCUGAGUGGAGAGACUCUGGUUUCAGCCCUGAUUCAGAUUCAGGAAGCGGUCGAGAAGAAACUCAGUGCAGCACAAAACAAGAUGUUGAGAGCAGAUCCAAAACCUUCAGCCUCCAUGGAGUUGAAGAGCGUUCAGCAGUAUGCAGUGGACGUGGUUCUGGAUCCUGACACGGCUCAUCCCAACCUCGUCCUGUCCUGUAACGGAAAACAAGUGGCCUGUGGAAACUUCCUGAUACCUCAGAAACAACCGUGGAAGCUCCCCGACACCCCGAAACAGUUCACUUGUCAUGCCAUAAUCCUGGGAAAGCAGAGUUUCUCCUCAGGGAAGUUUUACUUUGAGGUGCGGGUCAGUGGGAAGAUCGACUGGGAUUUAGGAGUGGUCAGAGAGUCUGUAAACAGGAAGGGGAAGAUUAACCUGAAACCUCAGGAAGGAUUCUGGUCUGUGGUGCUGAGGAAGGGGGACACGUAUAAGGCUGGUGAGGAAACCCCCGUCCUCCUCUCUCUGAAAGAGAAACCUCAGAAGGUCGGAGUGUUUGUGGAUUAUGAGGAGGGUCUGGUCUCGUUUUAUGAUGUGGAGAACAGGGUUCAUAUCUACUCUUAUACUGGUCAGAUGUUCACUGAGAAACUCUAUCCAUAUUUCUGUCCAUGUUUGAAUGAUGGAGGUAAAAAUGCAGCACCACUCAUCAUCACUCCUGUAAUAAAGAUGUGA